CUGGGCCGGGCUCGCAGGCGCGCACGGCGACUUGACCACCAUGCGCGGCGCCUUGUUCCAGGCGCUGGGCGUGGACGGCUCGGAGCACCCGCGCAUCAUCGGCGCGCUGCAGGCCGCCGACUUCGACACCAUCGUGAGGGCCGUGCAGGUUCGGGACCCAGGGGGCGGUGGCGGCGCUGGCGGACCUCCCCCAUUGCUCGAUCCCACUCCGGCACAGUUGUCCCAGGCUGGGCUAUUGGGGAGGGCAUGCAGAGUGACUGUGGGCACGCAGCCGUCAGCAGCCGCAGCAGCAGCGGCGCAGGCGGCAGCCCAGACGGCAGUGAAGAUGGCGGGCACUAUCAACCAGACCGACGACACAGAGGUCGACAUCUCAGACGAGCACGCCAUCAAGAUCGCGUACAAGAACUACCACGACAGGAUCGGAGCCUUCCCGCCAGCAGAGGAGGAGCUGAGCAAAGAGCAGCUGUCCACGCUGUGGGAGGCGUUCCGAUCAGGAGGCGCACCAUACACGGACAUGGCAGUAUGGGGACCGCACCAUCAUCGGAUUCAAAAGAAGAUCAGGCUCCGCGGCGUGAAGAUCGCUCCCACGGGCGAGGUCACGUCGAUCGAGCUCACCGGUCCUGCAGACUUCGAGGACUGGCGUGCCUGCUAUGCGGUAUUCAAAGUGGGCUGCAUCAUGUUUGAGCAGAUUACCCCAGCGCGACUGGACGCAUACGAGAAGCACCUACGUGGCUUUCACGAACGAUACGGAAGACAGUGCUGGGCUUUAAUAUACCAGGCAGACGUCAGAGCCAGGCUCGAGUUGUCAGAGCGACUACGCAGGAUCGGAAAGGACGAGAAAGAGAGCGCCGACGCGACCAGCACGUUCCACGACUUCGACCCCGCCAAACCAUGGGAGUGGGUAUGGUCAAAGUUGACGAGCGACGUGCAGUUCUGGCUACGAGAAGUACAAGAACCUGCAGUACUCGUGUUGGCUAGCACGGCGUCGCUGCACCAGAUGAUCGACCGCGACGCGCCGAUCAUGCAGGCACCGCCGCCGCCCUCCAACGCCGCGUCGCAGCGUCCGCCAGCUCUCCCGGGUGCACAGCAGCAACUCAAGAGGCAGAGGAGCGACGGAGGCGGAGGCGGCGGCGAUCCUCCAGGCGGCGGCGGCAGCGGCAACAACACGGGCAGGAUGCACAAAGUCGGUCCCGACGGUCUAUUCACGCACGACAGGAAGGGCAUUGAGUUAUGCAGAUCGUACCAGACGGGCGAGUGCACGGAACACGACGCCAGGAAUAACUGUUGCAGAAUCCCUCGCCUCAAGCACCAGUGCGGCAAGUGCCUCUCCAUCGACCACGGCGCCAACAACUGCGCGCUCAAGACGGAUUUGGGUGAGUGCAAAUCGGAUCCUGGAUUGAAGCGGCACUUGCACUCCAGCAAGGGCACUGGAAGACAAGUGAAGCUGAAGAUAGAUACCGAGACCACUCCAGAUAUCAUCAUCAUCGAUUCCGAGACCCAGACCUCCGAGUGCUACGACGCGAACAGCUAUGCCACGGACCUCGGCAAGCCACUGCCGAAGGACCUCGCGACGGGCCUCAAGUUCUUGUACAUGUUCAGCGGACCGACCGGGCGACAGGACGGCUUCGCGCAGGCAAUGCGAGACAUGGGCGGCGUAUGCGAGGAGUGGGGCAGCAUAAACGGCGACGAGCACGAUCUCACGAGCGAGGAGAACUGGCGAAGACUUAAGGCAUGUAAGAGCGAGUUCCACGGUAUCCUGAUGGGACGCGAUCGCUAUGGCCUCAAGCACCUGAAGCCAGAAGACCAGGACAAGGUCAAGAAGGGCACGCUGCUCGCGCUGAGGGCGGGCGACAUGCUCGCUAGCAGCCUCAAGGAUGGCGCGCCCAUCAUCAACGAGCAGCCACACUUCGACCCGGACGACCCCGAGGACACGAGCAUGUACAACCUGGACGAGUUCCAGGCGGUCCGGAUGGCAGAGGGGGUCAGCCUGCACGACCUAGUCCAGUGCGAGUACGGCGCUGAGGUGGAGAAGCGCAGCUCCAUCCUCGCGAUCAACGUGGACUUGAAGGACGCCUUCGGCAAGUGCAGGCACAAGCCCCAGUGGUGGAGGCGCCCCUCCACGGGCGAGUGGCACCUAGGGCCACAUUCGCCCCUCGUCGGCAAGGAGCGGAUGAUCCUCGCAGGCGAGUGGCGCAGGAGUAUGAUCCUGGACGACAUGCAGUACCACGCCAAGUUUAAGGACGCUCCCUUUCUCACGAGCUCGGCAAAGUCAUACCCAGCAGGCCUCAACAGGUACUUCGCGAUCAAGCUAGCCAUGCGAGCAAGGCAGAUCGCGAGCAACAUGCCCAAGACAUCCACGCUCGUCAGGGUAGGGUACUGGCAGAACGCACUGGUCAACCAGCCGUCUCCCAUCGGCACGCACCGCUCAGCCACCCAAGCAGGCAUUGAGGGGCGCCAGAGGGUGCCGGCCAGCACUGCUGGUACGCACUCCUCAGCACCACCUCGCCAGCAAUCGGGGGCCAGAGGGCACCGGCCUUUGGGAUGCGAAGACGGCUCGAUCAGGGACGAAGCGCAGUCGAGAGGCAGCAUCACGUUCAGCCAUUCACUCAGAGGCGAUCGCGUGGGCGAUGUCAAGUGCAGAGAAUGCGAGAACGAGCUAUACAUAGGGGGCAUGAGACACCCCAGGCAGAGCAUCGGCAAGAUGCAGGACUACGGGGCGAUCAGCGAGCAGCUCAGGUACACCAUCGAGCAGCACCUGAACGCCAACCCGCACAUUCAGAAGGUAUGCCUAGACGCCAUUGGUUCUGAGGCGGACGCCGCGGGACCAGAGGCGGACACGCUGGACGACCUAGCCACCGCCCUGGGCAGCCUGCUGGGAACGGAGGACACCAAGGGCGUGGCCAACGAUAAGUACGACACGCCCAUCCGAGCGGGCCUGUUAGCUGCUUGGGCCAGGCGAGCGAACGACAUCGACGGCGAGCAUGUCGAGGACUGGCUCAAGCACGGCGCCCCCGCAGGCAUCGAGGUGGACGCGGAGGACCUGGGCAUCUUCCCGAAGGUGGACACCGCCAUCGGGGAGCACGCGCUGGACACGCUAGACGAGCACGACGACGAGCCUGGGUUUCACAACUACUCGUCGGUAGACGGCGACCCGGAGGCAAAGCCAGAGAUCGACCGGCUGAAAACCUCGAGCUACGUGACCACCUUCAAGUCGUACAAGGAGGCUUGCGCGUGGCUGGGCGCAAAGCCCAACGUGUCCAAGCUAGGCAUGAUCACGAAAGUCAAGAACGGCAAGAUCAAGAGGCGGCUCAUCCUGGAUUGCAAGCAGUCCGGAGUCAACGCGACAGCACGGCAGAGGCAGAGGAUCGUACUCCCGCGGCUGUCCGACGUGAUUGACGACGCCCUCUACCUCUUGAGAGAGUGCCAGCACGAGCCCGAGCAGAACUUGGAGUGGCUAGUGCUGGACUUCACGGAUUGGUUCUACAACAUCCCGCUCAGGCACUGCGAGCGGAGGCAUUUCGUCGCCUACUACGGCGGCGAGUUCAUCAUUUUCCUCACUAUGGCCCAGGGCAGCGUGAACGCGCCACUGGUGUGCGGACGGGUUGCGGCACUAGUAGCACGCCUCACGCAGUCGAUGUUCUGGGCCACGGAGGUGCGGCACCACAUCUACGUCGACGAUCCGAUCAUCGCUGCGCGCGGCUUGCAGCAGCAGCGAGAUAGGUACUUCGCGAUCAUCAUCCUGGCGUGGCGCACCUUGGGCCUCAAGCUCGCCUUCAAGAAGGCAGAGCGAGGCCAGGAGGUGGACUGGAUCGGCGCCCACCUCACCUGCAAGACACUACCAGAGCCCGCGAUCGAGGUCACGGCCAAGCAGGACAUCGUGGACGAGGUGCGCCACAUGGUCACUGACAUGAGGAGCUCGAACGUGGCGCCGAUCAAGGACGUGCAGUCAUUGGUUGGCAAGGCCAACCACAUCGCGGGCAUGAUCGAGGCAUGGAGACCCUUCUUGCAGGAUAUGUGGAGCACGAUCGCGGCCCACAAGCGAGGCGAGACGAGCAACGCCCCGCGGCAGUGCAUCUGGACGAAGCAGAUCGCACAGGCACUCGAGUGGAUCCACGCGUUCCAGGCGGGCUCCCUCGGCACGCUCUCUCGAGUUUAUCGAGUUCGAGCGUACUUCGGCUACUGCAAGCGGGUCGCCAUCGUGACCGACGCGUCGCCCUGGGGCCUGGGAGGCUACCCCAUGAUCGAGGACGUCGCGAAGGCCUACUUCACGAGCCCCCUCACCCAGGCCGACGCGGACGUCUUGCGCGCCCCACUGGGGGAGGCGGCCGGACAGCAGAUCUGGGAGGCCCUCGCGAUGCUGGUAGCGCUCCGCGUGUGGAAGCAGGUCUGGCUGCAGCAGGGCAUCCGCCUCGCGGCGACGGCGGACAGCAUCUCCACGCUGACCCUGCUGCUCAACUUCCGGGCACGGACGGCGUCCUACAGCCUGGGGGUGAUCUGCCGCGAGAUGGCGCUAGAGUUCGGCGACUGCGCCUGCAAGCCCAAGGCCUACGUCCACCUUCCGGGCAUCGCCAACGACGUGGCCGACGAGCUCAGCAGGCGCGCGCAGCCUGGGCACCAGGCGCGGCACCCCAUCGCGCUGGAGGGCGCCACCGAGUUCCACGUGGCGCCGCGCGCGCUGAGCUUCUUCCGCGCCCUCCCGUCCGCUUCGCAGUUGCAGAGGACGGGGGCGGGAUAG